UUCUUCCAGCUCUUUUUGCACGAUGCUUCAUUUUAUUUUACUCCUCGCCAUCUGAAGGCGACAACGGAGCGCGUGGAGAGCGACAUCCGCUAUCCUGGAGUGACAAUAACGGUAGCGUCGCGCGAACACCAGGAUUACCCGUCUGACUCUUCGCCAGUCGACAGGCAGAGGCGUGCGAGCGGCCACUGCAGCACCGAGGGAGAGGAUCAGGAGGAUGAUGAGGAUACCGUAAUAGAUGUCCAAGAGGAGCAGGAUAGAGGUGCCACACGCACUCCUCAAGCUACGCCGCACCAGUCAACUACCGACAUUCCCCUUAAUUGCACUCGCACCGACGCCCAGAGGAUAACGGAAGAGAACGAUCCAGAGGUGACUGUGGAGUACUAUACGAACGAGGAGGGUCAGCGAGUGAAAAAGAUUAUACAGAAGCAACGAAAGGUGGUCACAACCAUCCACAAGGAGUCUGUGGAACGGUUCGAAACUACGGUAAGUAGAUAG